AUGUCGUGGAAUAUACUUUCAAUGAAUCCAGAGUUACUUAAGCAGUGGGAAGGCAUUAGCGACCCCCAGAAAGAUAUCCUACGAGCUGAACACCACAAACCAUGCCUCGCCAGGACGCCCAUCAACCCCACGACUGAGGUGGUCGUGGGUUCCAGCAUCGAUUCCAGCGGCGAGGUCGUGGAAAUAUAUAGAAGUGAUGUCUUGCAGAUUCUCAGUCAAGGGCCAAUCACUGUUGCCCCAAUCGAGAAGAUGCUCUAUAUUAUUGGUAGAUAUGCCAACCAAACAUACAGCAAGUAUCCGCCUUAUUGUAUAGCCGGAAGAUAUGAAGAAGAUUCACGGAAACUCGGCGGUCUAAAAGUAACUCGGGAUAUUUUCUUUGCAACAAGCUUCAUCUUCAUCCCCUUCAUGUUGGAUCAGCCCUCGCAGCUCAUUCCUCUUCUUGUCGUCUCCCCUUUCCACAGGACGGUAGAGUUACUUGACAGCAACUGUAGUGGAUAUGGCAUAGGUGCUCUAGAGGUCGAACUUCUAGGGAGAAUCUUUGGGUUUCUCGCCAUUCAUCUAGGGAAUCGGUUCAACCCGCUCGAUUGGCGACUUCGCCGAGAUGCAGCUUUGCAGCAAAUCUUUCACAAGGGUGAAUCCGCCCUUACCGUAAUGUCAAAUGCUAUGGCUAUUGCAUUCGGAUACGAAAUUCCCGGAUGGAUGACUAUCUAUUUUGACGGACAUAUCCUCACGGAUGGAUCUCUGGAUUGGGAAAAUUUGACGUUUCAGAUACAGCUCCAAGAUUAUAAAGCUAAGAGACUUCGGGCAGCGAGCGAACUGCUUCAUGGUUGUUUCGAACCGUAUAUUUUCUCAGGCGACGAUGAAAUGAAUGCCUUUGCGUAUCGUUUUGGCGCUCACGAUUACGCUAAGCCCCUGACGACGUAUCGAAUUACGAGAAAUGGAAUUAUAGCAGCCCUGACAGUCACAGAGCUGAAUUUAGGCCCCUAA